CUGCGCGCGGGAUAUUUAACAGACAUAAACAACCCAAAGAGGGAAACACGGGUGUUGAAGUUAGCUAGAUUUUUUUACUAAAUAAUGAUAUAGCAACUGACAUGUGUCUUUUGUUAACCAUUCAUCAACAUUUAUGUAUUGUGCACAUCACAUAACCAUAGACGAGAAAAAUGAGGCGAAGCCUAGCACCAAGCCAGGUUGCCAAAAGGAAACAAGGAGGAGAUUCGGAUGAGGAUUGGGACCCAGAAGAAGAUACCAAAAGGCGAAGGAAAGGAGGAAAAGAACCAAGUCAAAGCAGAGAGAGUUACAUAUCUCCCUUCAGAAAGCCACUGACACAGUUGACCAAUCAGCCUGUACUAUGUGUGGACAGCAAUGCACAUGAAGCCUUCAUUCGAAGUAUUCUCUCAAAACCUUUUAAAAUCCCUAUCCCCAAUUACACAGGCUCUCUGGGGAUUAGAGCACUGGGACUGAAGCGUUCAGGGGUGAGAAAGUCUCUUCACGACCCAUUUGAAGAUGGUGCACUGGUCCUAUAUGAGCCUCCAGUGCUGAGUGCUCAUGAGCUGAUCAAAGCAGAGAAAGAGAAGCUGCCUGUUCAUGUUGUGGUGGAUCCAGUCCUGGGAAAGGUUCUCAGACCCCAUCAGAGAGAGGGUGUGAAGUUCCUGUGGGACUGUGUGACCGGGAGACGUAUUGGCAACUCAUACGGCUGCAUCAUGGCUGAUGAGAUGGGGCUGGGGAAAACCUUGCAGUGUAUAGCCCUCAUGUGGACCCUGCUGCGCCAGAGUCCAGACGGCAAGCCAGAGAUAGACAAGGCCAUCGUGGUGUCACCCUCUAGUCUGGUCCGUAACUGGUAUAACGAGGUGGGCAAGUGGCUGGGUGGACGCAUCACCCCGGUGGCCAUCGACGGGGGAUCCAAGGAAGAGAUCGACAGGAAACUAGUGAACUUCAUGACUCAGCACGGCUUAAGGGUUCCCACCCCCAUUCUGAUCAUUUCAUACGAGACGUUCCGGCUUCAUGCUGAAGUUCUGCACAAGGGCAAAGUAGGACUCGUUAUCUGUGACGAGGGUCAUCGGCUGAAGAACUCUGACAACCAGACUUACCAGGCUCUUAAUGCUAUGAGUGCACAGAGGAGAGUGCUGAUCUCUGGCACGCCCAUUCAGAAUGACCUGCUAGAGUACUUCAGUCUGGUGCACUUUGUCAAUGCUGGUAUACUGGGCACAGCCCAGGAGUUUAAGAAGCGUUUUGAGGUCCCCAUCCUGAAGGGGCGUGACGCAGAUGCCAGUGACAAAGACCGGCUCGCAGGAGAGGAAAAACUCAAGGAGCUGAUCAGCAUUGUCAACAGGUGCUUGAUCAGGAGAACCUCGGAUAUCCUCUCCAAGUAUCUCCCUGUUAAGAUCGAGCAGGUCGUCUGUUGCAGGCUGACUCCCCUCCAGACAGAGCUGUAUAAGCUGUUCCUGAGGCAGGCUAAGCCCUUGGAGACACUGCAGCAGCAGGGAAAGAUCAGCGUCUCCUCUCUUUCCUCCAUCACCUCUCUCAAAAAGCUCUGCAACCACCCAGCUCUCAUCUAUGAUAAGUGUGUGGAGGGAGAGGAGGGUUUUGACGGAGCCCUGAGCCUGUUCCCUCCUGGAUACUCAACAAAAGCUGUGGAGCCUCAGCUCUCUGGUAAAAUGCUGGUUCUGGACUAUCUCCUGGCCAUGACCAGAAGCACCACUAGUGACAAAGUGGUGUUGGUCUCCAACUACACACAAACACUGGACCUCUUUGAGAAGCUGUGCCGAACUCGAAGAUACCUCUAUGUCCGACUUGAUGGCACAAUGUCCAUUAAGAAGAGGGCAAAGAUAGUGGAGAGGUUCAACAGCCCGUCUAGCCCAGAGUUCAUCUUCAUGCUGAGUAGCAAGGCUGGUGGAUGUGGCCUGAAUUUGAUUGGCGCAAAUCGCUUGGUGAUGUUUGACCCUGACUGGAACCCAGCCAAUGACGAGCAGGCCAUGGCUAGAGUCUGGAGAGAUGGACAGAAAAAGACCUGCUACAUCUACAGACUGCUUUCAACAGGCACAAUUGAGGAGAAAAUCCUCCAGCGGCAGGCCCAUAAGAAGGCCCUGAGCAGCUGUGUGGUGGACGAGGAGCAGGAUGUGGAGAGACACUUCUCCCUGGGGGAGCUUCGAGAACUGUUCCACCUCAGUGAAGAUACCACCAGCGACACACAUGACAGGUUCCGCUGUAAGCGCUGUGUGAAUGGGCGUCAGGUGCGCCCCCCUCCCGAGGAUUCAGACUGCACCUGUGACCUGUCCCAGUGGUACCACUGUUCUGACAAGAAAGGCCUGAGGGACCCGGUGCUGCAGGCAUCAUGGGAUGCAGCCGUGUCCUUCGUCUUCCACCAGCGCUCCCACGAGGACCAGAGAGGCGUGGUGUGACAGCCGGGCAGGCUCCCAAAAACAGGAUACCCACCCUAAACCAAGGAUGGUCAACCAACACACAGGAACAACAUAACUGGACUAGAGCCUCUAGGAUAAGGCAGUGGAAAACAGACAGAAACACGUCCUCAUUAUGGACAUUACUGGUGACUGUCUGUAAGGGUCUGUAACUCAGUAACUAUUUUGAAAACCAUCAAGACCUUGAAAAGGAUAUCCUACCUAUAACUGUCCAUCUGUCUUUAGCCUGUUUUUGUUUAUAUUCACUCUGUAAAUAAUAUUUAUAUAUUGUCUGUGUAUACUUUCUUAAAAAUAUUAUUUUGAUAGUUGGUUCAAUAAAUAGAGUGCAAUUGUCCAAGGCAACCAGUAAGUUGAACAAUCUAUUCUGUCACAAGCCAACCCACUUUAUAAACUUGAUACGAAAGCUGCAGAUGCUGCAUUACACACCAUGACACUGUCAACAAUACCAAAAAGUAUUUAUUUAAUGGCUGGUUCAUUUGUUAUUCUUUGCAAAAUCACCUCUAUUCUUUUUAGAACAUUGGUUUUCAUGUAAUAGGCCUGUAAACGGUAACUUUAAUUUCCAGUAACUUCUCAGUCAACCACCCAUUUUCCUCCUCUUGGGUAAAGGACAGACUUAACCUGUCACCUACUUUUUGCAACCCAUCCUGUAGAAAAAAAUAAUUUAACAAUGACUAAUGAUUUCAAUUGGAACAAUGACUAUCAAAACCGCUUCUGUAUUUUAUUCAAUUAGUGGUAAUCUGAAAAACCUA